CAUUGUCGUAUAACGAGUUCAUUGUUGCGUUUUGUGUGAGUUCCUGCUAUUGGCGUAGAAGCUAUGGCAACAUAGAAAACACAGAAAAUCAAAUUUUCGUGCUGAUUCAUUCAUGGAGGCCACUAAGGAAGAAGAAGCUCCAACAUCAGAACAAAAUCCAAAUCCAAAUUCGAAUCCAAAUUCAAAUCCAAAUCCGAAUUCGAAUCCAAAUCGAAACCCUAAUACUCCUCGUACGACGAAAGGAAAAUCGUGUAAGGGAUGCGCAUAUUACUCAUCUGUUCGUAAAGCCAAUUCUCAAAAUCCAGUCUGUUAUGGCUUAUCAAGGACACUAGAGCAAGUUCCUCCAUAUGUCGUGGGAGAAACUGAGUUGGAAGCUUCUAAAGAAGGCCGCAGACUUGCAAACUUCAAGUAUGCUUGUAUUGGAUACUCUAUCUACUUAGACAACAAAGAUUCUUCACCUGACUCGCAGGAUAAGCAAAGAAAGUUGCCCUUUUGCGUUGGUCUUGAGGUGGUCUCAGAGGUGAAUCCUUCUACUUCACCUGCUAGCCAUGUCCCUGCUCAUGCUCGUAAAACUAACGAGCGCGAACAUGCAACCCCUCAACCACGAAUCGGUAAACCUACAAAUACUUCCGCAGAAGAAUUCUUAAACAGGUUUCAAAAAAAUGCUACCCUAGUGGCAAACGGUGUUGUAAAAAACUUGAACAGAGUGGGUAGCUAUGUAAAAGAUACCCUAGAUGACAUUCUAUAUAGGCGACCCAAAUGAAGCUGGCCUUUGCAAGAAAUGUUUUCAAUUUUACAUACUGAUGAUUUUGUCAAUUUAUUGUUGUAUUCUGACAGGUUUUGCUACUUACUAGUUACUAUGUAUAUUUUCUAAACAAUCAUAGCAAUAAAAUUACAUUACCAUCCCAAAA